AUGAGUAUCCCCAAGUCUGAGCCUAUUCUGGUCGUCGGAGCUGGUGCUUUCGGCCUCUCUACGGUGCACCAUCUUCUCAAGGCGGGAUAUAAAGACAUUACUGUUCUUGAAAAAGACGAAGAGAUUCCAUCUCGUUGGUCCGCCGCCAAUGAUCUCAACAAGAUUGUGAGAGCCGAAUAUGAGGAUCCUCUUUACCAAGAUAUGACUUUGAAAGCGAUUGAGGCUUGGCAGACUCCUCUCUUUGCCCCUCACUUCCACCAAGUUGGCUUCAUCCACUGCGUUUCCAGAACCGCACCCAAAGAAGCACAUGAUACACUCAAUCGCUUUCGCACAGCCGCGGAGUGCGACCCUCGUCUCAAGCCUCACGUCUCCCCGCUCAACACCCAGAAGGACAUUACGGAUGCAGCAUGGCAGUUUAAAGGUAGCCCAUUUCCCGGCUGGACUGGAUACCUCAACAAGUUUGACGGGUAUGCGCACUCUGGCAACGCUUUGCGAUCUAUGUUCCAGGCUACAAAGGCACAAGGUGCGAAGUUCAUCCUUGGUGCUGCCGGUACCGUCUCUCAGAUUGUCUAUGAAGAGACAGCACUGGGACGCAAAGCCAGAGGUGUCAAAACUACAGGUGGUCUUUUCUAUCCGUCCAAGCUCGUCAUUGUCUCCGUCGGAGCAGCAGGCGCAAAGCUCGUUCCGGAGAUUGGCAAACAACUUGUCGCCAAAUCAUGGUCAGUUGCUCAUCUCCAUCUAACCGACGAUGAGACGUCUGCUUUACGCGGAAUCCCUGUGACAUAUGCGCGCGACCUUGGCUUCUUUUUUGAACCCGACCCCAAGACAAAUUUGCUCAAACUUUGUCCUAUGGGUGGUGGCUUCAUCAACACCGAUUCCAAGUCUGGAGUAUCGCAUGCACCUAUAUAUCUCAAAGAUAGCGCUUUCCUUCCCGAGGGUGAUGACAAACAGCUUCGUGAGCUUGUGCGACAGACUCUCCCUCAAUUCGCUGAUCGGCCAUUUGUCAAAAAGUCCCUUUGUUGGUUUGCUGACACGGUCAAUUCGGACUUUAUCAUUGACUACGUUCCCGACACCUCGUCUUCAGUUUUGCUUCUUUCCGGCGACAGUGGUCAUGGCUUCAAGAUGUUCCCCAUUUUUGGCGAGUGGGUUAAGAAACUUUUAGAAUCAGAGGCUGGAGAGCAGGUUGUCGAACGAUGGAGGUGGAAGACCCCAGUUUCCGAUGACGGCAAGGGUGAUUGGGGCGGUGCUGUGAGCUGGAGGCUGGGGAAUUCCAAGGAACUUGUUGAUGUACAACCUGUUGGUCACAUCAAGCUUUGA